AUGGUUAUCCCUCCCCCAAUUAGGCCAGCCAGAAUCACCCACUAUCUCAAGCCAUAUGUGCUGAGGAUGCAUUUCACCAACAAAUAUGUCAACGCCCAGGUCAUCCACACACCAACAGCUGAGGUGGCAUCGUCAGCCAGCUCACAGGAGAAGCUGCUGAGGUCGGCCAUGGAGAACACCAGGGAUGUUGCCGCGGCUGCCAAGAUAGGGAAACUCCUGGGAGAGCGCCUGCUGCUCAAGGGCAUCCCGGCAGUGUCCAUCUUCCUGAAGAGGGAGCAGAAGUACCACGGUAAGGUGAAGGCAGUGAUCGACUCCAUGAGGGAAGCUGGCGUGAAGCUGCUGUGA